UUCCGCUUCAGCCCGGCCUCGCUAGCUGCAGCCAGCACCUGAGCCGACGGAGCGUUACCGGCCAGGACUCCUCCGCCCAAACACGCCCGGCGUGUCGCGGUCUCCGGCUCCUUUGCUCCUCCCGGGCCUGAUCUGGCCCGUACCUCUUCCUCCAUUCCAAGUGAGCCGCCGGCCCUCAAUCGGCCUCUGCCGAGCCCGUCUGUUCGACCCGGCCACCGAUGCAGCAGCCUAGCUAGAUCGAUGGAGCCAAAUCGGAUUGCCACGAAACCAUCCACAAUCUUAACGGAGCCGCCGUCGUCGAUCCUCUGAUCGUUCUCUUUUUCUGUGGUUGCAGAUACAACAUAUUUAGACGACGAAGCACCCAACCCCGAUCUUCCCAUGGAUGAUAGCAGAGUCAUCGCAGCCGGUGGGGGCGGAAAGCGGAAAAAAUCCCGGAAGAACCCCCAACCUACUCCCACCAUUGUUCCCGCUCAGGAGGCUGCCCCUUCCCAACCGCUCUCAGAACCUCAGCCAAUUCAGCAGGUCCACCAGGAUCAACUAGAGGCCAUGCUGCUUGAUGAUCGGUUCGGUUCUGACCAACUGCACCAAUUUUCCCAGCAUUUCGACUCCGUUCGGGGGGAAUCCUCGAAUGCUGGUGAGACCCAUACCGACCACAUUACGGGUCAGGUCGAGCGGAUCUCCCUAUCCGACCCUGUUCAUGAGGUUUUAGAGAGGGCUGGAUCUACAGCGAGCCAGAUCUGGUCUACCUCCUCCUGGUUCAACAACUUUUCCCUUCCUCAGUUGCCGGUCGAGCAAUCUGAAGAAUGUCUGGCCCUGACUGCUCUGAAGAUGGGCUUGUACACCCUUCAGAUGCGGGAGGCCCGCCUGGCCAAAGAGCGGGAACUGAUUGUUGCCCAGUCUUCUGCUGAGCAACAUGCUGUUGCUGCCAUCGCCUCUUUGGAGGCCGAACGGAAAACCUUCGCGGAGGAAAAGCAGAGGCUGGAUGCUGAAGUCGGUACCCUUCGGGUCCAACUCGCAGCUUCCCAGGCGAAGAUCCUUGCCGCUGAGGCCGCACGGGUCAGAUUCGAAGUGUAACACCGCCCCCGAGUAUUUGUACUGUACCAAAUCAUGUAUUGAACCCUAAGAUAUGUA